AUGACUGAUUUACCGUAUCAAGUGGAGUAUGCUAAAACUGGGCGAGCUUCGUGCAAAGCAUGUAAAAAUAAAAUUGAUCAAAGUGAAGUACGAAUAGCGAUUAUGGUCCAGUCAGCAUUUCAUGAUGGAAAACAACCAAACUGGCACCAUGAAGAAUGUUUUUUUAAGAAAAAAUGUCCAGGAAGUAUUGCUGAAAUUGCCAAUUUCAAUAAAUUGAAAAAUGAUGACCAGACUAGAAUUAAAAGCAAGCUAGGUGGUUCUUCUUCCGGUAUUGUUAUGCCUGCUGAAAAAGGGAAAAAAGGCAAAGGUGCAAAAAGAGAGAAUUCUGAUAAAACAGCUCUUUCUAAUUUUUCUAUAGAAUAUUCUAAAUCUAGCAGAGCUUCAUGUAAACACUGUGAUAUUAAAAUUUGUAAGGAUGAAGUAAGAGUAUCUAAAUUGGAAUAUGAUCCAAAGUAUGGAGAUCAUCCUAAGUGGCAUCAUGUUAAAUGUUUUGCCGAACUCAAAAAUGAUUAUUUGUUUUUGGCGGGUGGAGAAGACUUGCCUGGCUUCAAAAGCCUUAGUAAAGAAGAUCAAACAAUGGUUAAGGAUAUUAUAAAGGUAUCUAAAUCUGAUGAAGUAGAAGUCAAAAAGCUAAAAUUAGAGCCAAAAGAUGAGAAGGAGAUUAAAAAAGAAAAAGAAAUUGAAAAGAAAAUAGAGAAACAAAAUAAAUCCUUUCAUAAGUAUCGUAGUGCUCUCAGUGAACUUACCAAAAAUUAUUUACAAGAGUUACUUGAAAGUAAUUCACAAGAGGUUAUGACUCGUGAUGAGUGUUUGGAUCAUUUAGCUGACAUAAUGACGUUUGGUAUCCCUGAACCGUGUCCAGAGUGUAAGGGCCAGCUUGUGUUGGAUACUUUCUAUUACAAGUGUACUGGUAAUAUAAGUGAAUGGUCGAAGUGUCGGUACACAAAUAAAACUCCUAAACGAACUCCAAUGAAAGUUCCUAAAGCAUUUAAAGAUGUAAAACCUUUUAAAGGAUUCAAACCAAAGUGCAGUGAUCGCAUAUUUGAAAGUGAGCCACCGCCUACUACAGUUGUAAUAAAGAAGGAAGAGUCGGGAAGUUCGCAGAAGGAAAUGCCAAUACCACCACUAAAAAAUCUCCAAUUCUUCCUAUACGGUAAACUCAAGUCCAAAGAGGACGUAAAGCACCGCAUCCUCAAGCUGGGCGGCCUCGUGGUGAGCAAGCUCACGGACACGCUCGCCGCCGUGGUCUCCACCAAGGCAGAUCUCGAAAAGAUGAAUGGCAAGAUGCAGGACAUACAGGAGAGCGAUAUUGAGGUCGUUGAGGAGUCAUUCCUGGAUUUAAUUGAUCCCAAGAAUGGAAGCAUUUCAAAAACCCUUGAACUUAUAAAAGAGAAUAAUAUUGCAGAUUGGGGAUCGGACCCCACCAAACGCGUACCGCAAGACGUCUUAGAUGGAAAAUCCAUUCCAAAGUCGGGAAGUAUGUAUGCGAAAUCAAAAUCGAAGAGCACCAAAUUAAAAAUCAAAGGUGGUACAGCAGUAGAUCCAGACUCUAACCUCGAGGACGUGGCGCACGUGUACCAGGACCGCGAGGGCAACAAGUACACCGCGGUGCUCGGGAAGACGGACGUGGUGGCCGGCAAGAACUCUUUCUACAAGAUACAGGUGCUGCGCGCCGACACUAAAAACAAAUUUUGGGUGUUUCGUUCCUGGGGAAGAAUUGGUACACCCAUUGGUGGCAAUAAAGUGGAAGAAUGUAAAACUCUCGAUGAAGCCAUCGAUAAAUUUGAAUCUCUUUAUGUGGACCGAACUAAAAACUCAUGGUUAAAACGCCAUAACUUCGUCAAGAUGCCGGAAGCGUACUACCCAAUAGACAUGGACUACGGCGAGGACGCGCCGGCCGCGCUGCACACGGACGCGGGCUGCUCGCUCGCCAUGCCCGUGCAGGAGCUCAUACAGAUGAUCUUCAACAUCGACAACAUGAAAAAGACUCUUUUGGAAUUUGAGCUUGACACAGAAAAAAUGCCUCUUGGAAAGCUUUCUAAAAAGCAAAUUAAAUCUGGAUACAGUGUACUGUCAGAGCUACACAAAUUGCUUGAGAAGGGCGCCACUAGUGAGAAUAAAAUUAUUGAUGCUACUAACAGGUUUUACACAUUGAUUCCACAUAGUUUUGGUACUGAUAACCCUCCACUCCUCAAUAACAUUGAGGCUAUUCAAAAUAAAACUCAAAUGUUGGACAACUUACUUGAGAUUGAGAUCGCCUACAGCUUACUUCAGACAGAAAACGAAGAUGACAUGAGUCCAAUAGAAGCCCACUACCGCAAGCUGAAGGCGGAGAUAGAGCCACUGGAGCAAAGCUCGGAAGAGUUCCAGAUGAUAGUAGAGUACACGCGGAACACGCACGCCGCCACGCACGCUUACUACACUUUGGAAGUGCAACAGGUGUUUAAAGUUGUCCGUGAAGGUGAAGAAAAGCGUUUCAAGCCAUUCAAGAAACUUCACAACAGAAAUUUACUGUGGCACGGCUCCAGAGUUACCAAUUUUGCUGGAAUACUCUCACAAGGUCUGCGCAUCGCCCCGCCCGAGGCGCCGGUCACCGGCUACAUGUUCGGCAAGGGCAUCUACUUCGCGGACAUGGUGUCCAAGUCCGCCAACUACUGCUGCACCGACCAGAGGAACAACGUGGGCCUGCUGCUGCUCAGUGACGUCGCGCUCGGAAACAUGAAGGAGUGCCACCGCGCGGAGUACGUGACGGCGCUGCCGGCGGGCACGCACUCGGUGUGGGGCGCGGGCCGCACGCAGCCCGACCCGGCGCGCGCGCGCCGCCUGGCCGACGUCACCGUGCCGCUCGGCCCACCCGUCGCCGUCGACAAGGACACCUCGCUGCUGUACAACGAAUUCAUAGUGUAUGACGUUGCACAAGUAAACGUCAAGUAUUUGGUGCAAAUGAAAUUCCACUACAAA